AAAAUCCACAAUCUCACAAACAUUUCUUCAAAAUCAAUGGCUAUUUCAACUUCAUCUUCCUUCGUUGCUGUUGCUGUUGCUUCCCCCAAUUUCUACUCCAAUUCGAAGCCGUCGUCACAAUCGAUUUCAACUUCUGUCAGAUUCGGAAGAUCUCGGAUUUCAGCAGGUUAUGCCACCGCCGAGAGGUCCUCGACGGCGACGGAGACGAUUAGAUCGUUCCGUAGUGCUAGUCCUUCCUCGCUGUAUGAUGUGCUUGGGAUUCGAAUCGGUGCUGAUACGAGUGAGGUGAAAGCGGCGUACCGUAGAUUAGCGAGAGUUUUGCAUCCGGACGUCGGAAGUGGAGAUUCGUCGGCGGAUGAGUUCAUGAAAGUUCACUCGGCUUAUAUUACGCUUGUAGAUCCGGAAAAACGAGCGGAUUACGAUCGCAGUGUUGUCCAGUUGAGGGCGGGAGGUUCGUCUCCGAUGAGAUCUGGCGGUGGAUACCGGAGCCGGAGAUGGGAGACGGAUCAGUGUUGGUAGAAUUAGAGACAUUGAAGGUGUAAAUAUGGUUGGUUGGAUAAAAGUAGGUUGAAAGUGUAACAAUUCUUGGCUAGAUUUUGAUGCCACGGUAUUGAAUUACAACAUGAUUGAUGAAUGUUGGUUCUUUUUAA